GUGAGAGAUCCCAAAACUCUUCUUGCUUUGCCUGGUGUUCUGGUUGGAGACAUGGGCAAGAAGUUAGGCCAGAAUGGCUUGGAUAAUGGGUUUGUCAUGUUUCACAAUGUAAGAAUCCCACAAGAGAACCUUCUGAACAGAACAGGAGAUGUUACUCCUGACGGGCUCUAUGUGACACCAUUCAAGGAUCCCAACAAGCGUUUUGGGGCAUCUUUGGGUGCCCUUUCAGGUGGCAGGAUAUAUAUCGGGAGGAUGUCUCUCAUGAACUUGAAACUUGCUCUAACUGUGGGGAUUCGUUUCUCAGCCACCAGGAGACAGUUUGGACCUAAAGUCACAGAGGAGAUCCCAGUUUUGGAGUAUCAAUUACAGCAAUGGCGCCUAAUUCCAUACCUGGCAGCGGCGUAUGUUUUAGAACAUUUCACCAAAACCAUAUUAAUGAACUUCGUUGAGUUUCAGAUCGGACGGAUGAUGAAAGAAAACAGUGAUAGACAGGCAGAGAUGGGCAGGGAGAUUCAUGCUAUUGGAUGCUGUAGUAAACCACUGGGCUCUUGGAUUGCACAGAGGGGCAUCCAGGAGUGCAGGGAAGCCUGUGGUGGACAUGGAUACCUGGCCAUGAGCCGUCUGGGUGAUCUACGUGACGAUAAUGACCCAAACUGCACAUAUGAAGGAGACAACAAUGUUUUGCUGCAACAGACGAGCAACUACCUGCUCAGCUUGUUCCAUGCCAAACUCCACAAUGGUGUCCGGAUUGAAUCUCCCUUUCACACUGUGGAUUUUCUGGAUGAUUUUCAGACAAUCCUGCAGAGUCAGUUCACAGCAAGAACAGUGGAAGAGUGCAUGGACCCCGAAGUGACGGUGACGGCCUAUAAAUGGCUGGUGUGUUUUCUGCUUGAGGAAAGUCAGAAGAGGCUUGAACAAGAAAAAGCUGUGUGCAUGGGUGAUUUUGAUGCUCGUAACAACAGUCAGGUUUAUUACUGCAGAUCCUUGGCCAUCGCCUACAGUGAAUACAUCAGCUUGCAGAGCUUUUAUGAGCUAAUCACUGACAAGGACACACCUCAAGAUCUCAGAUCUGUUCUGAGAAAAUUGUGCGCCUUAUAUGGACUGUGGAGUCUCAACAGCCACAUGGCCACACUCUACCAAGGAAAUUAUCUGAAUGGAAGGAAACCCGUUGAGUUGGUCCAAAAGGCCAUCCUCACCCUCUGCUCACAGGCUUAAAUGUGCUCUAUGCAGAGAGUUUUCUUUUUUUAAACCCAUAUUGUGUCCUUGUUAGGGAUAAAGUACAAGAUGCUUUUAUUUCAUCCUCACCUAUCCUCAUGUUGGCUUUUCUUUUUUCUUUUAUUUUCUCUUUAUGGCUGCAGGACCCGGGCACCUGUUCUCCCAUGUUUGUAUUUGUCUCUCUCUUGGAGGGGUUGUUCCAAACUGUAUUUUGUUGUGUUUAACAGUACARUGACAAAUAAAGCAAUCURAAUCUGAAUAAACCAA